CUUAUUACUCAAUUGGUAAAUAUUCCUAUGCUGUUGAGUAUGAACACCUACAUUCCAUUUGUUUCAACUGUGGUGGGAGCGGGCCAUCGAAAGGAAUGGUGUAAUACUUCUUCGGUGAAAACCAAAGAACCAGCUAAGGUUCCGGCUAACAGAACCGAAAAAGUAACCGUUGUGGACUCGGAGCAACGGUCGAAUAUUUCUGUUGCUGGGCCUUCUGCUAAUGGGCUGGCUGAAUUAUCCAAUGAAAGCUUUAGGCCUUGGAUGUUGGUUAAAAAGAAAUACAGAAGACCUCAAAAUUUGGGGAGGGGCAGAGAGGAUAAUAAAUUAGGCAAAAGGCCUCAAAAUGCUAAUGGGCCUAAAUUGACUUCCUUGGCAAAUAAUCCAAGCCCACAUAUGCUUCCAUCUAGUCAGAUUUCAACCCCUUUGGAAAAGAACUUGAUGGUGGGUGAGAAUUCCAAUAUCCAUACUGACCCAUGUGAUAUACCUCUGAAAAGUGACAAUACUCAAUCUAUGGAAACUACUCCUAUCACAGUCUCAAACCUAUUCAAUAUGUUGCAGGCAGCUGAACAAGGCUCAGAAGAUAUUAUGAUCAUGAUUCAAAAUUCGGAUGGAAGUGAAAGUCAAGCUGCACAGCUCCCUGACCAAGUUAAAAACAAAGGAAAAGUAGAUCUUAUUACACAGAAACCAACUCUUGUGCCUGAGAGAAACAAAGCCAAUAUUUCUCAAAGGAAGAGAAAGGCAAGCUCAUCUGAAAAAUAUUAUGGAAGACAACAACGAAGAAAUCCACAAGGUGAACUACAGCUCGAUUUAUCUCGCCAUAGAUCCAGAGAACGAAGUAUUUCACCACAUCAUCGUCGAUUGGUGGAUAGAAGAAGCCAACUGGUGAUAGAACCCAGGGUUGCGAAUCCGUACGGCUCAAUGAACAACUUGGUCAAGGUGAGUCCUUCUCGACCAAUGGUCAGGGAUCGCUUGAGAGUGCGAAAGAUUUUAGGGACACCUGAUUAUGUCCCACUACCAAACCACCCUAAAUCGUUUUCCAUAAAGCUUGUUGUUUGGAACUGUAGAGGUGCUGGUAACAAAAUCUUUAGAAGAACUAUGAAAGAGUUGGUGAAAAUCCAUAAGCCGUCUAUCAUUGUACUCAUGGAAACCAAAGUUGGAUUCAAUUCAAUGGGAAUGUUUUUUAACAAGAUGAAUUUUACUGCCUCAACUCACAUUGACCCCACAGAUAGAAGAGGAGGCAUUUGGGUGAUUUGGGACCCAGUUCAAGUUACAGUGAGGGCGUUCGAAGCCAAUGAUCAAGUCAUUCAUGCUAAAAUCAAGAGGGACAGUUAUCCAGAAUGGAUUCUCUAUUCAGUUUAUGCAAGCCCUAAUCUUAUGAAUAAGGCCCUUUUGUGGGAUAAUCUUGAAGCUAUGGCUAAUAACAUGACAGAGCCAUGGUUGGUAGCGGGAGACUUUAAUGAUAUUGCUUCUAAUGCUGAAAAAAGAAGUGUUUCUACGAUUCAGAGCCAAACUAAUUCUCGAAAAUUUGUGGCAAGAAUGAAUAGGUGCAAUCUCAUGGACUUGGGUGUUCAGGUCCUCAUCUUACUUGGUCUAAUGGGAGACAAAGCCUUGCCAAUACUCUGGAACGACUUGACCGGGCUAUUUGUAACUCAGAAUGGAGGGUCAAUUAUCCUGAAGGUGCGGUGAAGAACCUCCCCAGAACUUAUUCAGAUCACUGUCCUAUGGUUAUCUAUACUCAAGGUUGAAUCAAGUUGAACACGGAUGGUUGUGCUCGAGGGAAUCCGGGCAAUGGAGGCUUCGGCGGAUUGUUUCGAGAUGACUCAAGAAUUUGGAUAUAUGGGUACUUUGGGAAGCUAGAAUUAUGUUCUAGCUUAGAGGCAGAGCUAUGGGGAAUUUAUGGAGGGCUCACUAUUAUCUUCCAAAAAGGCUACAUAGAUGUGUUGAUUGAAUCAGACUCAGCUGAAGUUGUGGAUCUGUUGCAAAACGCAACUGUUGUUAAUGCUGCUUUCCGGAGUAUUGUAGAAGAUGCAAGACAUCUCUUGAAAAGAUGUAGAUGUUCUAUCCAACACAUUUUGAGAGAAGGAAACCAGUGUGCUGAUAAGUUGGCUAAGCUUGGAGUUGAUCAAGAAGAACAUUUGGUUGUCAUGGAAGACCCUCCUAAGGAGGUUCAAAGUUUGGUGGUGGCUGACAUGCUGGGGCGUGAAUACCAGAGACUCUAGGCCUUUUGUUUGUAGUUGUUCGAUUUCUUGCUUUUAUGUUUUUUCCUUUGUUCUUUUGUGGUCUGUUCUAAUCCUUUCCGAAGUACCUAAAAAAAAAAUUUUUAUUAUUGUGGCUUGUGUCAAAUACUAUUAACAAGAAAAUUACUGGUGACCAUUAACUACUAUGGCAAAUACACUGCAUCUUCCCUAAUUCAUUUAACUUGUGAAAAAAUAAUGUUUUAAGUGUUGAAAAGAAAAGGGAGGAAGAUGAAAGAGUCAAGAAAAGUAAAUAAAAAUGUAAAUACAAACAAAUACAAAAGGGUAUUUUUGGUUCUUUAGUAUAAUACGUUUAUUUUCUUUACGAUUUCAAUCGUAAGGUUGUUGAUCACAUUUAAUGUAUUCUUGA